AGAAAUCCGAAAUCCUCCCAAAUCCAAAAUGGCUGGGAUUGUAAGACUUUUGUUUUCCAGUGGUUUGCUGGACACAAACUUUGUUUCAUGUACAGGACUAUUUAAAAUAUUGUGAAUGAAAUUACCAUCAGAUUAUGCGGAUGAGAUGUAUAUGAAAUGUAAAUGAAUUCUGCGUUUAGACUUAUACCCUGUCGCCUAUAUAUUUUAAACCACUGAGCUGCUGAACCUGCUGGCAAAAUGAUCAGUGGUUUGAAUCCGGGGAGCAGGGUGAGCUCCUGUCCGGCUGUUAGCCCCAGCUUCUGACAACCUAGCAGUUCGAAAAUAUGCCAAUGAUCGUACUAUAGAAUUCUUCGCAAGAUCUCUCCUUUUUUGAUGUACACUAUUCUUCAGAAGGGUUUGGCCAUAGGACACAGGUUGGCAUGGCUGAAGCUGUCCAUUACAUCCACCUCCAGAACUUCAGCAAGUCUCUCCUAGAGACCCUGAAUGGGCAGAGGCUGGGUGGCCAUUUCUGCGAUGUAACAGUGCAUAUUCAGGAGGCUACUCUUCGUGCCCACCGGUGCGUGCUGGCCGCCGGCAGCCCUUUCUUCCAUGACAAGCUGCUGCUGGGUUACUCGGAGAUCGAGGUGCCACCGGUGGUGCCUAGCCAAGUGGUACGCCAGCUUGUGGAAUUCAUGUACAGCGGCUCACUGGUGGUGGCCCAAUCCGAAGCACUGCAGAUCCUCACAGCGGCCUCCAUCCUCCAGAUCAAGACCGUCAUUGACGAAUGCACCCAGAUCAUCUCUCAGAGCCGCAGCCCUAAGCCCCCCACGGCUCCUCCACCAGUCUCCCUCUCUAUCCCCAGGGUUCUCCCUGCCAAGCCUCAAGAGCAGCUGACCUCCAAAGAGGCCAUUGCCAGUGUCUCACGACCUAGUGACAUCGAGGCCACUCACCUUGAAGCUCCCAAGUUGCUUUGCGCCUCAGAGGUGCGCUAUAAGUUGCGGGACUUGCUCUCUUCCCAACACAGGGAGGCGAGAGGAGCCACUUGCGAGGGGGGCAUCAGUGAUGGGGAAGCUGGAGGGGCUUAUUUGCACCCAGCAGAGGCAACACCCAGCUGCCAUAGCCGCAAGCAGCGUCAGCCGGUAAGGCUCCAGCUGUCUGAAGUAAUGCCUGUCAUCAUCAAGGACGAAGAGGAAGCAGGCAGGGAAAGCAGGGAAGGUGUGGUGGCAACUACUGCCACUUCAGAACCAGAAGGCAAAUUGAGCUGCUUUGCCGAGUGUGGUGGGAGCACUAACUUCCCUGCUGGGUUUCCUGAUGAGACAGAUACAAAGAAUUCUGGGAACACUAGUGGUGCUAACCGGAAGGAGAGCAUCCACAUGGAUUAUGCCACUGCUGAGGGACAGGAUUUUUUUGGGAACCAGGAUGUUUUUUCAGAGUCCUUCAUCCCCUCCUGGCAGGGAGAAGAAAGCAAUGAAGAGGCUACAGCUUCUGUCACCCGAGACAGGGAGAAGUUCCACUCGGAUUGUGGUUUGGAGAUCUCCAACUUGAGAAGCUUGGCAGGGGAGUUCAAGCCAGACUUGGGCGGACCCUCUUCUGCAUUCCCACCACGCAGCACUAACAGUGGUGGGGGGUUGGCCUUUGUCUCUUCACUGGGCAUCCAACGGGAGCUUAAACCCGAAGUCAGCAGUGCCAACGCAGCCACCAGCACCACCAGCAUCUUCCAGUUUCAUCUGCCCCAACCUAGUGGGGUGGCUCAGAGUUUCUACAGUAUCCAGCAGCAACCACAGCAGCAGGAUGCAGGUGGCACUAACAUGGUGCAGCUUGGCCCCAGCAAUAUGGGCUCGGGCGCCAUGCACGGCGGAGAGCAGCAGAAUCAACAGCCAGGUCCCUCACGGUGCUCUGAGCCUUCUUACCAAUGCAGCCAUUGCCAGAAAACCUUCAGCUCCCGCAAAAACUACACCAAGCAUAUGUUCAUCCAUUCCGGUGAGAAGCCCCACCAGUGCAGCAUCUGCUGGCGCUCAUUUUCCCUGAGGGACUACCUGCUCAAGCAUAUGGUGACCCAUACAGGGGUGCGUGCCUUCCAGUGCUCUAUUUGUUGCAAGCGCUUCACUCAAAAGAGUUCCCUCAAUGUCCACAUGCGCACCCACCGCCCCGAACGCUUCCAGUGCUGCAUCUGCAACAAGUACUUCUCCCACCGCACGUUGCUGGAGCGCCACAUGACCACCCAUACUGCCUGGAAAGGUGGGCAGCCCGAGGCCCCAGGCGCCAUGGCACCAACCACUUCUUCUACUGACUGGAAGGAGAAGCCUAAUGUUGCUGGCACUGUGCCGGCCAUCGAAGGCAAUGUUGCUGGCACCACUACAGCAUGGAAGACUGGAGAGCCAUCAGCUGAGAGUGCCAUUGUUGCUUGGAAAGCUGGGGAUCCAGCUCCUGGGGAUGGCAACCUAGUGGGUUGGAAGGGGGAGACGACAGGAGAAGGGUCGGUUGCAGCCUGGAAAGGGGAUCCAGCUUCAGAGGCGUCCAUGCAGCCUCACACAGCAUAGGACAUUGGGCAAUAAGAGGCUGUGAUGUAUUUGACAAAAGUGGUGUGGCAGCCUGCAGUCCAGCCUGGAAUUGUUCCACCGCAGUGUUUUGUGGCUUGGAACACUAUUUUAUCCAGGAUGUCUACUCCUAUGGGGCAGAUAUUUGAGUCUCCUUGUGGAGAGAAAAACAGGAUAUAAAUAAACAUAAUAAUAAAAUAAUAAUAUUUCAGGAGCUGAUGCGUAAGUGAGGCAACCUGUAGGUUCAAAUGUGGAGCAUGGAAGUGUCAUGUGUCUGGGAUAUAUUAAAUCAAGAGUUUUGGGCUGAGGAUCGGGGGCAUAGCUGCCUUUGCUGUGAUGUUUGCAACAGCAUCCCUAGCCUGCCUGACAUUUAGUGGUAGAACAUGCUUUGCUUGGAUAAAGUCACAGAUUCGACUGUUUGCCUUUCCAUCUGAAGGAUCCUCCAUUAAUGCUAAACUGAGAAGGAACUUUUUAUGAGUCAUUGGGGAGUUUUGAACAAUGCUGGGUAUAUGAACCAGUGGUCCAACAUGGAUAAUAGCCACAGUACAAGUAUACACAACUUGCUGGGAGGAACCAACUGGAGAAAUCUGUUACUUUGAUGGCCUUGUCCCCAGUGGCAUCUGGCUGAUCUCUUUAGGAAAGUUCAUUCAAACUAUGAUCGAACAGAGCUGCUCUUGGGUUCAGUAACAAGAAACUGGAAAUGCACAUUCUUUACUGCCAUAUUGAAAAAUAAUCAAGUGGGCAGCCUUGGGUAUAUUCUUAUAAUCUCUGGCAGCUUUCCCAGAGACUGUCGGCCUCUAGCUGUGUUGGACUUCAACUCCCAAUACAUGUUACCUGGGAAAACUGGCUUAAUAGUAUUACGGUUAGUUUAUGAGGCUUCUGAAAAAGGGGUGAGGUGGUGGACCUUAAUGGUGCUGUCCGAGCCUUUUCCUGCUAUUUAACCAUUCUCUACAGGAAAUAAAACAGUAUGUGUUUGUAUUCCUUAACUACGGAAAUAUAUGGCAUUCAGUGGAAUUUUGGAGGAUGAUCAUAACUCUAUCUAUUUGUAUUACAUGCGGUUUAUUUCAGAUUCAACCUCUGGUAAUAAGAAUCUUUGGUAACAUGUUGUAUGAAAGAUGUCUCCUUGAUGGAGAGCCUCUGAUAGUCACAACAGCUUGAAAGGGUUACUUUUUAGGACUGUGCCUUCAAGUUGCCUAUGUAUUUAUAGUGACUCCAUACAUUUCAUUGGGUUUUCUUAAGGGAAGGAAUACAUGGAGGUAUUUUUCACAGUUUCUUUAUCUGGCAUAUAGCUUACAGGACCUGGUAUUCAGUGGCAGUCUACAACUUCCAUAAUAUCUCAUCCAGAAAAGGACACCCUCCAUGGUGGCUGGCGCAUUCUGGGAAUUACUGGACCAAACAAAAGUUAAUUUUUCCAAAUUCUUCGGCAUAAACAAUACUGAAUUGGAUGCACAAUCAGUGUGACAUGAUAUGCCAUUCCUAGAAUCAUAGAAUCAUAGAGCUGGAAGAGACCUCAUGGGCCAUCCAGUCCAACACCCUGCCAAGAAGCAGGAAAUCGCAUUCAAAGCACCCCCAACAGAUGGCCAUCCAGCCUCUGCUUAAAAGCCUCCAAAGAAGGAGCCUCCACCACAGUCCGGGGGAGACAGUUCCACUGCCAAACAGCCCUCACAGUGAGGAAGUUCUUCCUGAUGUUCAGGUGGAAUUUCCUUUUCUGUAGUUUGAAGCCAUUGUUCCGCGUCCUAGUCUGCAGGGCAGCAGAAAACAAGCUUGCUCCCUCCUCCCUAUGAUUUCCCCUCACAUAUUUAUACAUGGCUAUCAUGUCUCCUCUCAGCCUUCUCUUCUGCAGUUAAAACAUACCCAGCUGUUUAAGCCGCUCCUCAUAGGGCUUGUUCUCCAGACCCUUGAUCAUUUUAGUCACCCUCCUCUGGACACUUUCCAGCCCAGAAUUGGACACAGUGUGAUUCCAGGUGUGGUCUGACCAAGGCAGAAUAGAGGGGUAGUAUGACUUCCCUGGAUCUAGACACUAGAUUCCUAUUGAUGCAGGCCAAAAUUUCGUUGGCCUUUUUAGCUGCCGCAUCACAUUUUUGGCUCAUGUUUAACUUGUUGUCCAUGAGGACUCUAAGGUCUUUUUCACACAUACUGCUGUUGAUCCCAUGAAUCAUGGUUUCAUUCAAUAACCAAAGGCUUGAUACAGAUUCCCGAUAGGUGACCAGAUCUGUAGUAGAGCUGAGGAAAUGUACAAUCGUUAUUAUGAAACACUACAUAUGACAAAUGGCACAUGAUAGAAUUUUAUAAUUUUGUGAUUCUACACAAACAAUUGUUGGGUUUUGUCUGGAGAAGUUAGUUUCUUUGUGCUAUCAUGCCCAAAAGCCUCCAACCAACAUUGAAACCAUGGUCCAAUGAAAGUAACUUUUCCAGGUUCUGGACUGGUCAGCUACUUAACUGUUCUUUUCCUCAUUCCAGGCUAUUGUUUAUUCCAGGGAUGGGAAUCAUGCGACCAGGCUGCAAGUUUCAGGAGAUAGCAAUGAUAAAAAAUGUUGGGAGUUGGAGCCCAAGAAUAUCUGACAGACGGCAUGAUUCCAGUCCUUGGAUUUUAGAAACAUGAUUCCCACCCUUUUAUAGGAACAGUACAUCCCCAAGAUAGAACUGGGUGUGCUUUUGACUGUGCUUCUGCCUGGUACAUUUUAUAAGUGGAUGUAAUAUUUUUUGGUCUUGCCAAUCCUUGACCACAACAUAAAAUAAAAUUGUAAUUGUACUUAUUAA